UGACACGGUUUUUUUGUAGGCGACCUUUGUACAAAAUUUAAAGGACAAAUGUUUUGAUCAACAAUCAGACAAUGAGAAUGUCUUUUUGUUUCAAACUUUAGGCUUAAAUAACAACUCUUGAUGCUUGUUUUUCUGUGAAAAUGGAGAACGACAUACACCAGAAAAUAAGACCACCCAUUGAAGAGCUGACAAAGAGGAUUCAAGAUCUAGAAGACGCCCAUGCUCACCUCAAACAGAAGAUGUUCAAGUUCAUGAUCUCCGGUGACCGGAAAACUUCAAAUUCAAUAUCUUCACGCCGAUGGACUCAGCAUUCACCUCUCAUCUUAACAGAAACUGAUUAUUUCAACAUCCUACAGUCAAUCGAUCAGCCAAUUCAUAUAACCAAUCUUAAGCGUUGCAUAAUCUACAGGCAAGUUUUUUAUAUUUUGAGGCUGAUUGUUGUAUCUUGUAUGAUAUUAACCUAAAUUUGUCUCCGGCUUUUGAGAUUUGUGAAGGAACCAAGCUUGGGAAAACUUGUAUGGUUAUAGUGCUGAGGAAAUUCGUGGAAAAGGUUUUCUGGAUCUUGUAGUAGAACCAAAGGAUCUCCAUAUAGCUAAUGAUAUCCUACAACAAAUGUUAAAGGGUGAAUGCUGGACAGGGGAGUUUCCUAUUAGAAACAAGAGAGGGGAAAGGUUUGUUAUUAUCGGUUCCACUAAACCUUUACGUGAUGAAAAUGGGCAAAUUAUAGGGAUUAUAAGUGUAUCAGCUUCCCCACGCCCAUAUCAACAAAUAAAGCUAAAUGCUCCCAUGGUAAAUGAAACCAGUACCUUGUUUUCAAAAUCUAAAUGGAAAGGAAAUGAACAAAGAGGUUGUUUUGAUCCCACAAAUAGUCGUUCUUGUUGGCAUUGGAUACACAGUGAUCAUGAUAAGUAUGGUCUGAGAAUGAAGGCGAAUGUAGAAAAUCAACAAUGGAUGGUGAACACUAAUUGUGUUGGUCUUGAUAACAAGGCUUUAAGUACUUGGUCUUUGUGUAAUCAUAGUUUUGAUUGUGAAAUCAAGUGGGAGGAUUUGAGGAUUAGAGAAGUGAUUGGGCGAGGUUCAUGUGGGAUUCGAUAUCAUGCAGUGUGGCAAGGAUCUGAUGUUGCUCUCAAGUUAUUUUCCAAGCAGGCACACUCACAUGAUUUUAUAGUAUCAUUUAUGCAUGAGACAUCUCUUAUGAAAAGGCUUCGGCAUCCAAAUAUUUUGCUCUUCAUGGGUACAGUAGCUUCACCUCAGCGCAUAUGCAUUGUAACCGAGUUUCUUCGUCGUGGAAAUUUGUUCAAGUUACUUCACCGAAAAAGAGCCAGAUUGGAUUGGAGACGCCGAAUCCGUAUGGCCAUUGAUAUUGCACGAGGAAUUAAUUAUCUUCAUCAUUGCCUCCCUCCCAUCAUCCACCGUGAUCUGAAUUCUUCAAAACUUCUUGUGGAUAAGGAUUGGACAGUCAAGGUUGGUGACUUUGGUCUAUGUUGUACUAAGCAUGAAACUUAUGAGACGAUAAAGGAAAGGAUUGGAAUGCCUCAGCCUCAGUGGAUGGCACCCGAAGUUCUUCGAAAUGAGCAAGCAGAUGAAAGGUCGGAUAUAUAUAGCUAUGGUGUGGUACUAUGGGAAAUUACCACAGAGAAGAUCCCUUGGGGUGAUCUCAACUCAAUGCAGGUGAUGGAAGCUGUAGGAGUCAUGAAUCAAGGGUUAGAUAUUCCAAAAGAUGUGGAUCCACAGUGGGCUUCUCUUAUUCAAAGAUGUUUGUGGAGUAAACCACAGUCGAGGCCAACAUUCAAAGAGAUACUAGAAGAGCUACACCACUUGGACAUGCGGUUCAAGGUCAUGCCACCACUUCAUGAGGACUCAAAGAGCAGUAAGGAAUUGAAAAUUAUGUAAAACAGAUGCAUCAUCUUGUUCUUUUUAGUUUUGAACUUCAAGGAUUUCACUUUCUUGUGUUGAAA